CCUUCACCAUCAUCAGGAUGGGAGGCCUCAUCCUGGAGCAAGAAAUACUCUGCACUAUAGUUCUCACGUUUUUAUUUUCUUUUUGAGGCACGGUCUCGCUCUUGUCACCCAGGUGGGAAUGUGGUGACACAAUGAUGGCUCACUGCAGCCUUGACCUUCUUGGCUCGAUUAUCUAUCUAUCUAUCUAUCUAUCUAUUAUUUAUUUAUUUAGUAGAAGCAAGGUCUCACUAUGUUGCCCAGGCUGGUCUGAUACUCCUGAGCUCUAGUGACCUACCCACCGCCUCAGCCUUCCAAAGUGCUGGGAUUACAGGCGUGAGCCACGGCCCCCAACUUUGCUCCAGUCUUCUCUGUCCUUGAAAGGCUGAGAGUCUGUUCCGACUUUACUCGGAGCGAGGUGAGGCCCCGAGAGAGCUCUGGGGCAUCCAUCUUCUGGGCAUUCUGACUAUGGAGGAUGGAGGUUGCAGGUCCUUACCUGGGUGGGCGUGGGGCGGGGCACCAGGUUCACAGGUCCCUCCGGGCCCGGGCGCCUUAGAGGCAGCGGGGGCGCAGUCCGUCCCUUUGGUGGGCGGGGCCUCGAAGUGCUGGGGCGGGAUUGGCCCCGGAGCCCGGGCUCGAGUCCCGUCUUCGCUCCAACGCGCGGGGGGCGAGGUCGGUGCGCGGUGACGUCACGACGCCAGCUCCUCGCGUCGCCGAGGUGGACUCUGGGAAACCAGCGGGUGUGGCCGUACCAGACCAUGGGGGCUCAGCUGAGCAGCGGCUGCGGCGCCCCGGACCCUGAGCAGCCCCAGCCCCAGCCCCAGCCCCAGCCCGCGGCGCUGGAGGGCGCGGAGCGGCCCCGGCCUCAGCCUCAGCCUCGGCCUCAGCCUCAGCCUCAGCCUCAGCCGCCGCCCCAGCCCCAGCCCGAACCCGGCCCGUGGGGGCCGCUGGAUGAUGUGCGCUUCCUCAUCGCCUGCACUUCCUGGUACUGACGGCGCCCUCCUAGAGGAUGGCGCCCUCCUAGAGGAUGCUGCCCGUCUGCCCGCCGUUCCCUGUGGUUCUUGUCUGCCUCGUCUCUUGUCCCCACGUCUCUGUCUCUUAUACUCCCUCCCGCGGCUCCCCAGAGGCGGCAGAGAAUUCGAAGAGGUCGCCGGGGACUGGAAUGAAGUCCCGGCAGGGCCGCCUUCGCAGCCUCGACCCCAGCCUGCUUCCCCGCCUGCAGCCAGACCCAGCUCAUCCCUUCGUGCCCACCCCACCCUUUCUCCGGCUGGCUGGGUCCGGGGCAGCCCUGUCACUGGCCUCCAGAGGCAGGGCAGGCCUCCUGGUAAGCCCGCAAAGCUGCUGACCUCCUGACCUUGCCUGCUUUCAUUAAUAUAUUUAUUGCUGGGAACCGUGCUCUUGACUAUGUGUCCCAGGUCAUGGCACCAGGGGCCUUGACUUCUGAGAAGCCCGUGCCACAACCACCCUCCCCAUACUCUUGAGGGGCGCCGCUCCCCAUCCUGGAUCCUAAGGAGGCAUCAUGAGGCUGUGUUCCUGGAACCCCAAUAACCCUGGGCCUCUAGGGCCAGCCUUUUGUAGAGGGAGGAUAUCUGACUGCCGGUCUGGCUGAUGAAAUGCAUGGGGCAGCUCCCAGAUACUCCAAACCGCCCGGCUCUCCCCCCAGAAGCUUCUUAAGGUCACUCUUGGAACUUGAUCUUUGUUCCCUCAUCCCAGGGAAAUGACACACUCUGUAUUUCUGUUUUAUUUAGAAAUGAUUUAAAAAACAUUAUACAAAGGCUGAUCAGUU